AGAACAAGAUCAUCGUCAUUGUUGCCUUGUUUACCUUUGUCACAGUGCUGCUCCUCCUGCUGUCCGUGUGUAUGUGUGUCUGUGUGUGCGUGUGAGCCUGCCUGUGUGUGUGUGCGUGUGUGUGUGCGUGUGUCUUUUGAAGGCACCUCUCAGGCCGCUGCUGUCUCCUCUGCCUGGAAGGAAGGAGAACAAUUCGUGACAAAUAAAGGAAGGAAGGAAGGAAGGAAAGAAAGGAAGGAAGGAAGGAAGGAAGGAAGUUGAGUCUCGCCAGCGUCUCGUAAACUGUUGCUUGCUUCACCUAGCAAUUGUGAACCACCAAGCAAAAACCAAGCCAUCCUAUUGGUCAACAGGGGAUCACCAUCAGCCCUCCCAUUGGCCCAGAGCUUUGUGGAUUGUGAUUGGACGGCUGGCUGGCUGACGUGACCUGACCUCAACCGAGCCAACAUGAUUUACGUUUUCCUCGUUGACACUGGCACCAUGAUGACCUUUGACAUGAACCUGGCACUAGAGAGUGUUGAGGUGUUGAAAGGUGCAAUACACAAUGCUGUCAAGGUGCCCCCAGACAAACAGGUGCUGCUGGCCUCUGGGGGUGAAACACUGGACUCCUGCAAGCGGGUGUGUCAUUACUCGGCCGGCACAGACACGUCCCCCAUCUUUCUGUUCUCCAAGAUGGCCAUUGAGGGAGCGGCUCCACCAACCCCCUCUGUGCAGCCUGGCGGGGACGGCGACCUCAGGGCACAGGUGGAGGGGUGUCUCAACAUGCCAGCCACUUACAACACUGUGGUGGCGCGGACACAGUUAGCACAGCAGUUUUACGAGCACGCUAGUGAGGUCACCAGAACUUGCCGCCAACUUGUUCACGACCAGCAUCUGCAGCAACAAGGCUGGGCAGCAGUGGUGGCCAACUUGGAGGACAUUGUGGCAGCCUUCAGAGCAAGACAUGACGCAUUCCAGCAAAAUUUUGUGGAGUAUCUCAGUGGCCGGGAGGAGAAGGUCGCCCUGCUUCAGUCUUUUGAAGAGGACCUGAAGCUACUGGCAAGGAUUCCAGUCUUCCCUGAACUCUUGGGGAAGACACAAGAGGAAGAGGAAGAGGAAGAAGCUGGGAAGAAGAGGAGGACAAGCACAGCACAGAAGAAAGAGGAGGAGGAAGAGAAGGAAGAGGAGGAGAAGGAGGAGGAGGAAGAGGAGGAAGAGCAGGAGGAGGAGAAAAGAGGAGGAGAAGGAGGAGGAGGAGAAGGAGGAAAAAGAGAAAUGAGGCAAGUGUCGCUGCUGGACUGGAUCAGCGCCAAGGACAGCCAAAGUGACGUCAGACAGAUUGCCCAACUCUGCUGCAGGGGACUGGCCCAGAUCAGUGAGGGGCUGCUGGAACAAGUGGGGCAAGAGGUCAGCGCUGUGCUUCGAGAGGCAGACCGGCCACAGAUGAAGGAGGUGAAGGGGCUUGGUGAGCGUUUGUGCGGCCUAGAGCAGCUCAUGCAUGAUGCUGCCUACGUGGUGCAGGAGCAGAGCAAUUUCUCACAGGCUCUGCUGAAGAACCAGGACAGGGCAGGGAAGGUGAAUGACCCAUCUAUAUUCCCUGACCUCUGCACUUCACACCGCAAGAAUUUGAUGCACAUGUUGAAAAACCAUCAAAAGCUGCAAGACAUCAAAAGGAGAUGCAUCAAGGCAAAGGAAGAGCUGUCGGAGAAUUUGCACGUUAGAUUGAAGUGGAUAAUGUAUAUAGAGAGGCGCCUGUACGAGGCUGACACGCGCGUCUCCAUGCACCAAGAGAGUGUGCGGCGCCUGGCUGGACUCCUGCAGGUGGUGGAGCAGAUUCACCGCGCCCCGAGGGUCUAUGCCGCAGCCGUCACGGAGGUGGCUCGCCGGCACGCCUUCUCCAGGGCCUUCCUGCAGUGGGCAUCUGAGCUGAGCAGCCAGAGUGGAGAGGUGUGGAGGCGCGAGGUGGAGGCAAGAAGAGGCUUUUCCCAAGACUUCUCCACCCACUUCCUAGCCUCUCUCUUUCCUGGUAUGGAAGAUCUGCCCCCUAAUUUUGCAACCUCUCUACCAUCCCAGUUUGACAUGGCUCUCCCAAAGGUUACCAAAGAAAACAUAGAUGAACUGAGAAGACUGCUGCCGGAACUUUCUCACUGUUUGGUCAUUGGUGAGGUUCUGGCGGUUCCUCCUCUGCUUCGCCAUUUCACAGCCGCCCUCAAUACACAGGAGGAGAGGAGGAGGAGGAGGAGGAGGAGGAUGAAGAAGAACGAGGAGCAGGAAGACAAGGAGCAGGAGGAGGAGGAGGAGGAGAAAGAGGAGGAGGAGGAAAAGGAAGGCUCCAGGAGAUUACAAGAAAAGACAAGCACACAAGAUUAUGAGAUGAAAGAAGAGGAGGGAGAGGAGGAGGAGGAAGAAGAAGAAGAGGAGGAGGAGGAGGAGGAGAAGAGGGGCUCUGUGAAGACCAAACAGCAUUUUACAGCUCUUCCUGACUACCCAAAGCACAUCAAACUGGACAAGCACAGUUUUGAAGAAGAGGAGGAGGAAGAGGAAGAGGAAGGAGGAGGAGGAGGGUUAGGUGUGGCCCUCCCUAUUGGCCAGCUCUCAGCCAAUCAAGAGAGAGACUUUAUGGCCUUGCAGGUUGAAUUGAGUGAAGCAAGAGUGGAAGUAGAGAGGCUGAGAGACAGACUGGGACAACUAGGUGAUUUGAAAGGACAAGUGAAUGCACUGAGAGAGAAGGUGAAGGUGGAGGGCAGUUCCUACCUGUCGUAUGUGUCUCAGGUGUCGUCGUCAAUCUUGGACUUGAUCUUCCAGAUACAAGACGAGAACACAAGCAAGAGGAAGGAGGAGGAGGAAGAGGAAAGGAAGAGAUCGGAUAGCCUUCACCAGCAGCUGGCAGACACUCAACACAAGCUGGCAGACACUCAACACAAGCUGGCAGACACACACAGACUGGCUGAUGUUUAUAAAGGCCAGUUGGAAGAUGCUCAUAGGGAGAUUGAAGUAUAUAUGGACCAAUUGCAUAGACAAGAACAAAGCCUACAGCAAGCAGGAACAGAAGCAGAGGAGGCAAGACAGAAGAUGGAGGAGGAGAGGAAGAAGGAGGUGGAGGAGGUGGAGGAAAGGUGGAGAGAGAAGAUGAAGCAAGCUACUCUAGAACAUGAACUGGAGAUGGAAGAGUUAAGACAGCAGUUAGGAACAGUGAAGGAGACGCUGGUGGCCGGCCUGGAGGGAAGAGUGGAGGAGAAAGUAAGGGAGCAACUUCAGCAAGAAAAAGAAAGAAUUGUAAAGAUUUUGGAAACGAGUUUUGUAGAGAGGGAAAGAAAUGCACUGGAAAUAUUGAAGGCAGAGCUACUGGAAAGGUUGAGGCAGGAGAAGGAGGAAGCAGUGGAAGAAGAAGGGAACAAGAUCAGAGCUGAGUGGAAGAAAGAUUUGCAUAGGAAAGAAGAAGAAAAGAAGAGAGAAAGACAAGAAUUUCUGGAGAAUGAGAGGAGGCACUGGGAGAAGGAGAAGGAGGAGGAAGUGCAGAGGAAACUUGCUCUUGUGGUGGAGGAAGGCCGAAGGGAACUGGAGGAGGAGAGAAAGAGGCACAGGCUGGAAGUUGAAAGCAUAAGGUCUAGAUUUAGAAUGAUGACAACGACGACAGCCACCACCAGCACCUCCCCCACUAGCAUGCCUUUCUCUUCAAGUCCCAGCGAGGAGCACCCGCCCUCCUCCCCACCCUCGUCUCUCAACAGAUGGGAGGGCCUGGACAGACUGAGAGAGGAACUGAUGAAAGAGAGAGAGAUAGAGAUUGAAGAGAGAAUUGCAAGUAUAAGAGAGGAAGAAAGGAGGAAACUAGAUGACGAAAAACAGAUGGAGUUUGCAGAAGCGGUGAAAGCUUUGGCACAGGACAAGGAAAGGGUUAUUGAAGAUUUAAAGAUUAGGAUUCAGCUUCUAACAGAUGAAUGUGACAGAAGAAGAGGAGGAGGAGGAGGAGGAGGAGGAGGAAGAGAGGAGGAGGAAGGGAGAAAUGUUGGAGGACAGAUAUUGCAAGAAAAUGUUGAAUUGAAGAAUCAGAUCACCUCACUGCAGAAACAAGUCAGAAAUUUGGAAAUUGAACUGGCAAGAGCAAAACGGUUUUCAUUUGUGACGCAGCAGAGCACCACCGCCACCACCACCACCACCGCCACCGCUGCUGCCGCUGCUGCCACCAACAUGACGGCUUCCACAGCCUCAACGACUGUUAAUGAAGACACGAGAGAGAAUUUGCCACACCAGGCCAGCCCACUCCUGUCUCAUGGUACCAUCACCUUUAAUUCCUGCCAGACUGGGGACACUGUGUUGGUGGUUUGGGAUGCAAUACAUGGCCACUACAAAGUGUUGCAGGAAGGUGUCUCCUCACAACACUUGCAUUUCCUUCACUCUGAUGCUUACAACUUGCUGGGAUUGACUAAAGACAACCCUCAACAGAAAAUGUAUUGCGCUGCGGAAGUUGUAAGCAAGGAAUUCUGUCAAGCCAAGAAGGACGACAACCGCUUCAGGGUUCCAAAAGGCACAAGAUUCUACCGUGUUGUAGCGAAGCCCUCAUGUGUAGAUGCUGCUGCUGCUGCUGCUGCUACUACUGCUGCUACUACUACUACUUCUACUUCUACUACUACUACUACUACUGCCGCCACCGCUACUGCUACUACUACUACUACUACUACAGGGCUUUAGAAUAAGGUUACUAAAUUUUUGGUUUAUUUGUAGAUUAUUAUUGUUAUUAUUAUUAUUAUUAUUAUUAUUAUUAUUAUUAUUAUUAUUAUAUUUGUUAGUUUGAACGAAAAUAUGAAAUAAUUUGGUAGAUUCUGGACGUAAAUAUAUGAAAUUAUCGGCCGUUUGAACGAAAGUCUAUGAAAGAAAUGUCAGCUUGAACGAAAGUAAAAAGAAAAAAAUUGGGUGUUUUAACGAAAAUUUAAGAAAAAAAUUGGCAGUUUGAACGAAAAUAAAAGAAAAAAAGUGAGUUCGAGCGAAAAUAUAAGAAAAAAUCAGCAGUUUGAACCAAAAUAAUAAAAAAAAAUUGUCGAUUAUGAACGAAAGAAAAUAUCAAAGGAAGGAUUUUAUUUAUUUUAUUUUAUUUAUCUAUUUAUUUAUUUAUUUAUUUAUUUAUUUUAUUGCCGUCUGAAAAAAAAUAAUCACGAAAAUAAAAGACGAAAAAAAUAAAAUCGAAAAAACUAUUUAUUUAUUAGUUUAUUUAUUCAUUUAUUUACUUAUUUCCUUUCUUUAUCUCUUUAUUUAAUUUAUUAUUUUAUUCAUUUGUUCUUUGCUUGUGGGGAAAAAUAUUGAGUGAAAGGAGGGAUUUUGUAUUAAGGAAAAUAAUGAUAAUAAUAAUAAUAAUAAUAAUGAUAAUAAUAAUAAUAAUAAUAAUAUUCUACGAAGGGCUUUGCAGAUAUUAUUAUUAUUAUUAUUAUUAUUAUUAUUAUUAUUAUUAUUAUUAUUAUCAUUAUUAUUAUUAAGCUAAUGAUGUUUGAAUAUAUUGUAUAAACUCUCUCUCUCUCUCUCUCUCUCUCUCUCUCUCUCUCUCUCUCUCUCUCUCUCUCUCUCUCUCUCUCUC